AUGGGUACAUCUUCUAUUAAGCUGCCCAUUCACGAACAUCCUUUGAUCUCAACAUCUCGGUUUCUCGGCUCGUGUGACGGCUGCAGUACGAACCAUGGUGGUUGUUACUAUGGAGGCUAUCGCUGCAACGUUUCUGACUGCGAGGGUGCUUUCUUUCACAAGGAAUGCGCCGAAUCACCACUUGAAAUCAACCAUCCUUCUCACCGGUCGGACCAUCCUCUCCGGCUCACAAAGAAUCCCCCAAGAAGUAUAUGUGAUUUGUGCGGCAACAAUAUCUUUGUUGAUGUGACGUAUCUCUAUCAUUGUUCCAAAUGCGACUUCAACGUUGAUACGUCAUGUGCAAGGAAACCACCACUUCCCCUUGUUGUUGAACUGAAUCUCCAAGAACUUCCAUUUUUCCUUUUAAAGGAAACAGAAAGCGAAGAUAGUUGCGGAGUAUGUAAGCAAAGAGUUUCUGGUACAUAUCAUUUUGGACGUCCUUCAUGUGAUGAGUACGUUCACGUGGAGUGUAUCAAUGUUAAAAUGAAGGUAAAUCUUCCUUUUCACCCUAGUCACCCUCUUGAGUUCAUCAUCAUAUCCGAAUCCCUCUCCGAUGAUGCUGAGAAGGCAUGUGUUUUGUGCGGAGUGAGACCGGAAUUUGUCUUGUAUUAUUGCUCGAUAUGCGGCUUCAGCAUAUGCCUAGAUUGUGUGAAAAUCCCACCACCUCUUGUUAUCAAGCAUUCCAAGACCCAUGAGCAUCAUCUUACUCUCUUAUCAAGACGGAUCUCAUUUACUUGUAAUGUUUGUGGGAUGCAUGAAGACGAAGGAAGCUGUUAUUUAUGUCUUCCAUGUGGUUUCAUGGUCCAUCGAAGUUGUAUUGAUCUACCGCAGGUCAUAAUCAUCAACCGUCAUGAUCAUCGCAUUUCUCGCACUAAUCAUCUUGGUCCAGGGUAUUCAAAUUGUGGAGUUUGUCGUCUACCCUUAAAUCAGUUUUAUGGGCUUAUUCUUGCUCCAUUUGUCCCAAAUAUGCUGUUCAUUCACAAUGCGCAACAAGCUACAAAGUAUGGGAUGGGAUAG